UAGUUUUGACUUUUGAAUGAGUAUUCUGUGUUUGAGUAUUCAUUAAUUCAUUUAAUUGAUUGUUUGAUUUGAUAACUGAUAAAGUAAGGUGUCUUUAAAGUGGUCAUCAGUGAUACAAUAUAUAGCAGACGUCUGCUAUACGUGAAUCGAAACAGAAAAAUCGUUCAUUUCUUCAGUGACGAGAAAUCUGAAAAAUGGGUGACCGUUAUAAUAUUCACAGCCAGUUGGAGCAUUUACAGUCUAAAUACAUAGGUACUGGUCAUUCAGACACUACAAAAUAUGAAUGGUUGGUAAAUCAGCAUCGAGAUAGCUUCUCAAGUUAUCUGGGACAUCCUGACCUCAUCAACUUCAUAGGUAUCUGCGAGAAUGAAUCAAAGGCCAGAGUCAAAUUCAACCUCAUGGAAAAAAUGUUGCAGCCCUGUGGUCCUCCACCAGACAAACCUGAAGAUUAAUUAUUAUGAUUGAGUAAUGGUACCAUAAAUUCAAGAUUAUGUGAUUAUUUGAUUCACUUUUUAUCAGUGACAUAUUAAUAUAUCUAUGAUUUUUAUAAUUUAAAGGUCUCAAUAAAGUUGUUUGUGGUGUGUAUACUGAAACACAUUAA